UCCAUGCCAAACCCAACCAAAGAAGAAGGUCCUCUUCACAAACCACAUGGAGAGGAGAGAGAGACUAGAGACCCUGCGACCGCGACAGGACUGACCCCGACCGUGGAAGUGCGCGUGCGUCCGCUUGCGUGGUUUUGGAAAGCCGCGCGCUCCACCGCGCCGCUCCCAACCCCAACCGCUUUCCUUUCCUCCACCCCCAGAUCCGACCCCCUCGCAGCUCCAUCGGGAAGGAGGACGACAAGGACCCAAGCAGCGGCCGCCUCCCCUUCCUCAGAUCCGCCCCACCUGUCGGCCCCCACCGCGACCAGAUCCCCGGCCAUGGCCGCGCGCCUCCUCCACCCGCAUUGCCCACGCUGCUAGCGCGCGCGCGCGCGCCCAUGGCCGCCGCCGCCGCCUCCGCCUCCGCCUCCUGCCGCCGCCGCCCGAUCGCCUGGUUCUUCGCCAUCGCCGCGCUGCUCUUCUUCUUCUCCUGGUACCUCCUCCUCGACUCCGCCGCCGUCACGCCCGAACCGCUGCUGGCCGCGCGGGGUCAGGGCCUCCGCGUUGGCUCCUCGGGCCGGAAAUGCGACCCGGCCACCGCGGCGCUGCGGGUGUUCAUGUAUGACCUGCCCGCCGAGUUCCACUUCGGCCUGCUCGACUGGGAGCCACAGGGCGGGGGCGGCGGCGGCGGCGGCGGCGUGUGGCCGGAUGUCAGGGGCGGCGGCGUGCCGGAGUACCCGGGGGGGCUGAACCUGCAGCACAGCAUCGAGUACUGGCUCACGCUGGACCUGCUGGCCUCCGAGCAGGGCGCGCCCACGCCGUGCGGCGCCGUCAGGGUGCGCCACGCCGCCGCGGCCGACGUCGUCUUCGUGCCCUUCUUCGCCUCGCUCAGCUUCAACCGCCACUCCAAGGUGGUGCCGCCCGCGCGGGCCAGCGAGGACCGCGCGCUGCAGCGGAGGCUGCUCGAUUACCUCGCCGCGCGCCCCGAGUGGCGGAGGUCCGGCGGGAGGGACCACGUCGUGCUCGCCCACCACCCCAACGGGAUGCUCGACGCCCGCUACAAGCUCUGGCCAUGCGUCUUCGUGCUCUGCGACUUCGGGAGGUACCCGCCCAGCGUCGCCGGCCUCGACAAGGACGUCAUCGCGCCGUACCGGCACGUCGUCCCCAACUUCGCCAAUGACUCCGCCGGCUACGAUGACCGGCCGACGCUGCUCUACUUCCAGGGUGCCAUUUACCGGAAAGAUGGAGGUUUCAUCAGACAGGAACUGUAUUAUCUCCUCAAAGAUGAGAAAGAUGUACAUUUUUCAUUUGGAAGUGUGGUGGGUAAUGGAAUUGAGCAAGCAACACAGGGGAUGAGGGCUUCCAAGUUCUGCCUCAACAUUGCAGGCGACACGCCAUCAUCCAAUCGCCUGUUUGAUUCCAUAGUCAGCCACUGCGUUCCCAUCAUCAUCAGCGAUGAGAUUGAGCUCCCAUUUGAAGAUGUCCUUGACUACUCCAAGUUCUGCAUCAUAGUGCGUGGUGCGGAUGCUGUCAAGAAGGGUUUUCUUAUGAAUCUGAUUAAUGGAAUAAGCCGAGAAGACUGGACACGCAUGUGGAACAGGCUGAAGGAAGUAGAAAGGCACUUCGAAUACCAGUACCCAUCUCAAAAUGAUGAUGCUGUUCAGAUGAUCUGGAAGGCCAUAGCUCGAAAGGCGCCCUCAAUUCGGUUGAAGGUGAACAGAUUACGAAGAUUUUCUCGGUUUGAAACUAACAGAACAGAUGAGACUCCGACAAGAUCUUCUUGGCUAGAAAAUCAACCUAGCUGAUCUUAGAGGGAUACACUCUCGGCAAGUUUUGAUCCUCUGCAAGAUGGGAGUAUCGAUAAUGAAAGGUGAGCUCAGACCACAAGCAGGGGGGCAAAUGCUAUAGUCGCAAGAGAUUAAUGGAGUACAGGCACACAUUAUACAUUUUGGCGUCACAGUAUCACGGAUAUGAGAGGCAUUUUUUUUUUCCUUCUCAUUCUUUUACGAACUUUCCACUGAGCCGCAGAUAGGGACAAUAAAUUUUGGGUCACAAGCUGUAUAUUCUAGGAUAUUAUAAAUGUAAUACAUUUGGUUGCAAAUUGGUUCACUUCAUCGGAAGUUCACGAUUUACAGGUGUAAUUCAGCUAUCUACUGAAGCUCACAAUUUACAGGUGUAAUUCAGCUUAGAGAGAACAUUUUGGUA